GUAACCAAACAGACCCUGAGUCAGUCCCGGUCCUCAGUCCGGCUGAAAGUUCUGGAGCAGAGCGGGGUCAGAGCAGACCGGAGUCCGGAGGGUCAGACUGGAUCACAAAAACCACACCGACACACGGAAGGUUGCUGUACUUUAAACUCGGACAGGAGGACGGAAGGACUCGGUUUUACUCGGCUUUGUUCGCUUCAGCACCGGAUACAUAUAUAUAUAUAUAUACUCAUUUAUUUAAAAAAAAACUAGUUUCAUUUCUAUUUUAAAUCAGUAGUUUCGGUUUGUUUUGGGAUGUUUUAACCGUGAGUUUGAUUUCAUUCAAACUGGAGAAGAAGCCGAACAACAGCUGACGACAGGUUGCGCAACACGACAAUAAUAAGGACACAAAGACGUCAUCACCAGUUCUCCCAGUAUCAGACCUGCUGGUUCCAGUCGGAGCUCAAACUUUAACAACAACAACAAAGCUUUGUAUGUCUUCAGCAACUUCUGCUCCACAGACAGACAGAAAGACAGACAGACAGAGACCAGCAGCUCCACACUGACUCCACUGGGUUUCUACUGUACUGGAUCUACUGGUUUCCUGUUCCAGCUGCAGUCCGGAUCAGUCUGUCUGUGUGAACCAAGCACAAGAUGAGCUUGGGCGCGUCUACAGCCAGGUCUCAGCGGUGUCUGAAGAGACUACUGGACGAACCCCAGGAGAAUUUACCAAAAUGUAAACUAGCCCGUCUGACUCUGCAACCUCUCGCCACCGGCCUGUCACCCUGCCUCAGCCCCAGAAACCCCGCCCCCAAGUCCACCCAGAGCGAAUCCCCAUCCAGAGUCGGGCCGUACCUCCUGUUGGAACGUUGCGAGGGGGAGGAGACUUACAGGGCCGAGCACGCACACACAAAGCAGCAAUACACCUGCCAGGUGCUCCCUCUGCGUGGUUACCUGGAGCGUUUGGCUGCCUACAACCGGAUUGGUCACCACGACAACAUCUGCGGCCUGCUGGACGUGGUGAUUGGCCAGGACAGCGUGUACGUCUUCCUGCCCGGGCACCACGGCGACAUGCACGCGUACAUGCGAAGCAGGAAGCGUCUGGGCGAGGAGGAGGCGGGGCAUCUGUUCGCUCAGAUCUUGAGCGCCGUGACGCACUGUCAUCGCCAUGGAGUCGUCCUGAGAGACCUGAAGCUCCGAAGGUUCGUCUUCACUGACAAACACAGGACUCGUCUCGCUCUCCUCGGCCUCAACGACUGCGUCCUCCUGCACGGUAACCAUGACGACGACUCUCUGACGGACAGGCACGGCUGCCCCGCCUACGUCAGCCCCGAGCUGCUGACCAAUGGGAAAGGUUCUUACUCGGGCCGCGCCGCAGACAUCUGGAGCCUGGGCGUGUCCCUGUACACCAUGUUGAUUGGACGAUACCCGUUUCAGGACACGCAGCCCGCCGCGCUGUUCGCCAAGAUCCGCCGCGGGGCCUUCAGCCUGCCCGACUGGCUGUCACCGCAAGCCAAGUGUCUGAUUGGCUGCAUGCUGAGGAAGUCGCCCGCAGAGAGGCUGGAGGCGUCGGAGCUGCUGAUGCACCCGUGGCUGACCAAUCCCUACACGCCACACCGCAACACGCACAAGACGCAUCAGAGCUCACAAAAAACACUACAGAGUAAACAAGAGGACGACGACCAGGUGGUGCCAACAUGGACAGAGGAAAAACACUAACACACACCUUUUGUACUUCUAUACUUGUGAGGACCCGCAUUAAUAUAUAAUCCCAUAACCAUCACGACUAAUUAACCCCAAACUUCACGCUAAACUUAACCUAAACCAGAUUAAAACUGAGUCAGAACGUCUUCACUCCCUCAGCCAAAAACUCAAAUUGGUCCUCGCAAAGAUAGACACACAAGAGCACACACACACACACACACACACACACACACACACACACACACACACACACACACACACACACACUAUAGAGACUGAUCCUGGAUUACUUGACCCGACCCUCACGUGCCUUCCUCUCACUGUGGCUGUGACUCCAUGCAAGCUCCGCCUCCUCGGAAAGGGGGCGUGGUCUAUGACACUGACCUCAACUAGAGGCCUGAAUCUGCUCCCCGUCUUCCACGAGUACCUGACGCAAACCAGAACAAAUGGUGUGUUCAGGUGCUAUUUCGUGGAGAACUUCCCAGUGUUAAACUAAGGACUCAUUAUUGACAUCCUGCAGGGGCAGUUUCAUUGAUACACUUCAACACCUGGUUACAUGAUCGAUUCUGAUUUAAGGAGUUGAUGAAGACCACCUGAACACACCAUUGGCUUUCAAAAUGGACUUUAAGCAGCUUCAUUCUCUCUGUCUUUACUCUUCCUGGUUGCUUUCUAGAGUUACAAGAGAAGGAUCGGUCAGUGUUGGAAAGUCAACAAGCAGCAGAAAUCUUUCUGGAAAACAGAAGUAAUCAAAGAAAUAAACACAAAUUCAGCACAAACUCUGCAUUCAGCUUCAGUCUGACUUUGAAAGAUGAAUGUCUCAUCCUUUUCUGAUGAUCACCGUUUAAUGGAAACUGAGUGUGUGUCUAAAAAUAUUUUCCAGGCCUGUUAUCUCAGGAUCAAAACUUUGUUUACUAAUUUCCUCUAAAUUCUGGUUAUCUGGUGCUUUUAAUUUACUCAUAUUAUCAUAUUUAGAUAUAAAUGAACUAAUAGUUUUCUUGUGACAUGAUGUACUGUAAUAAUGAUUAUGUGCAUGCUGGUUUAUUCUGGGACACUUCAGGAUCAACCAUCACCCCAAAAUAACAGCACAGUAAAUUUGUGAUCAUGAGACAACUAUUUCUCAUACGUCUGCCUAACAGUAUAAUUCAAUCUCAGGAUUAUAUCUCAUAUUAGCACCCAGUGUUGAAUCAUAAUAACAAAAUAAUUAAGUUGUAAUCUUGAGAUAACAGGACUAAAAUUAAUCCUGACAUUUGUUUCCUUUGACGAAGGCUGACUGAUCAUGACCCGACAGAUCUGCAGCCAAUAGGAUGCCUUCUGCUGAAUGUGUCACUCAGGCCUCAGUUACAGUUGCAGAAUAAAUAAAAGACGUUUUACAAA